UGAAGCCCAGCCCACUACCUACCGAGCCCAUGUCUUAGCGUUUGCUGCUUCGGGGCCCGCCGCUUCCGCCAUGGCGCCGCCGCAAAGCCUUGCCGCCGCCGCCCUCGCGGCCACUGCCGCUGCCGUCGUUUUCUCAAGCCUGCUCUACAGGCGAAAAUGCGGCCACCUCGCCACGCGGGUCCGGGAGCUGGAGGCCACUCUGGCGGCCGCCGUGGAGAAGGCUGCCUCCGAGCGCCGCGGCAGGGUGCGCGCCCAGCAGUCGUUGAGGAGGGCUCUGGCUCUGAGCGAGAAGGAGCCCCGCGCUGACGAGGCGAGGCCGGCCAAGGCCGCCGCCGCGCCGGCAUCGUACCCGAUGGAGCCCAUCGGCACCGUCCAGUCCUGCUUCUCCACUAGGAAUGGUACACCAAGGCAACCUUUGGUGGUGACGCUGGCCAGGGCAACUGUGGCGUUUGAUCCAGGUCGAGUCCCAGCAGCAGCACUGGAGGGACUUGCUAGUUACUCGCAUUGCUGGAUCCUUUAUGUUUUCCAUCUGAACACCGAUCUUGAUAAAAUGUGGAAAGAUCCUGCCAGGUCCAAGCUAAAAGCAAAGGUAAGGGUACCGAGACUGAAAGGGAAGAAGAUGGGAGUUUUGGCAACUAGGUCACCACACCGUCCUAAUCCAAUUGGACUCAGUGUAGCAAAGGUCGAGGCGGUGGAUGGGCAUGCUGUUUUGCUUUCUGGAGUAGAUUUGGUUGAUGGCACGCCUGUUCUUGAUAUUAAACCAUACCUGCCAUAUUCUGAUAGCGUUAAAGGUGCAGCUGUUCCCGGUUGGUUAGAGGUUGAUGGUGCAUUAGCCGUGGAGUCUAUCCAUUUUUCUGAACACUUCAUUUCUGCGCUUCCCCUUUGCUGGGUGCAUGCACAAAAGCAGUCGCUCUAUGCUUCAGCAGACGAGUUUCAGGAUCUGAUCAAGCAGGUCCUCUCUUGGGACAUCAGAUCCCUCUCCCAGCAGAUCCGCCCCCAUCAAGUAAACAUGGAAACCGAAACCAAUCACCAUUAUGGUGAAGAAGCUGAUGAGAACCAAGGGGACGGAGCGUGCCCUGGCGUCAUCUACCACCUCCAUCUCGAAGGCAUCGAUGUGUCAUACAGGAUAGAUCAAGGCUCCAACAUUGUCGUUGAGGACGCCACCCUUCUCCCUGGUGCCGGGAACCAGAACCGGCACGGUUACUUGACGUGGAGGGAUAAGCUUGGUAGUAGCGGUUUGUAGCACGGCCGUUGUUCUCGCUGCGUUUUCUCAUCCUCCAUGUGUGGUUGGAUGUUGUGAUGCUGAGUUGCUGACGAAUGCUAAUCUCUGAACUGAAAAAAUGUUAAGAAGCUCCACUGUUCGUUGCCACAGAGUUCCUUGCCAAAGGUGUGCUGAACCAUUCGUCCAUGUCCAAGGAGUGCUGCAAUAUUACUGUUGACAUUGUAACGACCAAGAAUUUCAUCACAAGACGGAAAUAGUGAGAAAAAGUGGACUUAAAGUGAUGAAUUUUGUCAUCACAAAAGGGCUGAUCCCUUGUAGUACGACGGCGCCACUAUAAACUCUCCUCUCUUGUUGGUUCAUUUUUGUUUUGUUAGUAGAAGUCCACGCUGACCGCCUCGACCUAACCCUGCCACGCGCAGUAGACGGCCGGAGAAUCGUGAGGGUGAGUGCCCUCUGUUACCCUCCUCGAAUCGAUCGGUGGGCGUGAUAUUCACUUCCUCCGGCUGCAGCUGCUUCUGCUUCCCUGCCCGGCUGGCGCCUUCUCGCUUGCUGUGCCUAAUCCACCUGAAACGCCCGUGGCGCCGGCAGCCGUACUCCGGAUGCUCAUGAUUCGCUUCGUAUGCUUAGUACGACUGGAGCGGCAACUACCCGUGAUUCCGGAACGUACGUGCACGGUCGAGAUGUUGAUGGAUUGCUGCGGAUAGAGCGAUGUGCAAUCGGCUGCAGUUGACGCAGCGCAGGUGUUCGACCGAAUGCCCACCAGACGAUUCUGUUUCUUGUUCGCGUGUGUGUGUUAUAUAUAUAUAUAUUAUGGGAUGCAGUUUCUCUAACAGGGAGCAGUGGAUGCGGUUUGGUGCCACAGCAACUUUCAAUCAGAUCAGUUCUGUAUAGGCAAUUUUCAAGUUGUUAUCAGGAGAUUGUUUCAAAUGUCACAAUGGACUCCUGAGUAACAGUUGAAACCAUUAAAAAUGCAACUUUAUUCACUUGCAAGUUGGGUAACCAGCUCCUGGCAGGUUGUUUACAAGAAAUUCUUGACUCCCAGGAUUUUGUGAGUUCAUUGGCUUUUGGGACUGAGUUCAUUGGCAGCUGAACCAUCGCAAGCAGCCAUGCUUGUGUGAGGAUUUCUAUCACACACCUGUUCUGAACCAGUUUCCUCAUACAGCUGUUGGUUUUCUUCUCCAUCUCCUCUAAACUGGACACAUUCCUCAGUUACUAAUCCUUGAUUUCCUUCUUGAGACUCAUUAUUUUCUUCAUCUGUUCUAUUUCUCCCUACCUGCUUGUUAUCAUUUUUCAUGUUUGUUGACCUGCGCUGCUUCUUGUAGGCAUAAAUUAUCAAUGCUAUAAAAAGAGAAGAAGUUGAAGCAGCUCCAGUUAGGAUGAACGGUCCCCUAAAGUUGGCAAAGGAACCUCAAAGCCUCGAGGUUUUAGAACAUCUACCUUGAGCUGCAGCCCGGACAUCAUCGCUCAUGGAAUCCCUGAUGUGGAGAACAAGCUUUGUGCUAUAGUUUUUGUGGGCAGAAUAAAAGUCUUCUAGAGCCAAUGAAAUGCUGGUAAUUGCUAUUUUGCCGACCAAGGACCCCAAGUCAAGGAUGACUCCAACAUGUACCUCAUGUGCUCCUCCAGAAGCAUUUUGUGCAACACCAAUGCUGGCUGAUAUCAAGAGGAGCAGGAUGAUUCUGUUUGCUAUCUCCAUCUGGGUAGCUGUCAGAUUUGCGGAAUCUAAUUGUAACCCCGUAUCAGUUAUAUAGACUAUCUGCUUUAGUAGUCUCUUUCUGAGGUGUUUCUGCUAGCACAUUGAGCUUGUUUAGCUUGUCCA